AUGAUCCUCAAUUCAUUUUUAGGCUGUUCAGAACCUGAAAUAGAUGAAGAAUUUUAUUUGUAUUAUAAGAAGUAGGAAGAGAUUCAAGUUAAAAAGGAUGAGGAGCAAGAAAAAAAGGAAUAAGACUAAGGCAUGAAUGAAAAUACUCAUCAUGAAACCUAAUUGAUCAAUCACAUGGAAUAAUAGACAGAAGUGUAAAAUUAAGAAUUUGAGGAAAACAAUUCAAAUAUAUUAUAGUCAAAUUCCAAAUCACAAGAAAAAAUUUAGACAUCAGAAAAUACUAACCAAUCUAAUAAUAUUGAACAUUAAAAUUUAAAAAAAUAUAUUUUAGUCGAACAGGAAGGCUUGGAAUCGGUAAGAAGGAUUUUUCCAAAAAUUAUGAAUUUGAUUAAUAUAAAUGAUUUUAGAACCUUUUUUCAUUCGAUAACACCAGCCUCAAUUAAAUCAGCUUAUCCAAAAUAUUUCUUUAUUUUGAGUAAACUAUGGAUUAGAGAGCCUUGGAUAAAUAAAAUGCUUGACUAUAAAUUUGACAAUAAGGAUAAAAAUUGGGUUGAUAAUUGCGACUUUCAUCAACCAAUAAAAAAUUAAAAAUAUGGAAUUUACUCACAUGAGAAUUUAAUGAAGGUAAAUGGAUUAGAUCAAUGCACAAAAGACGACGUACUUCAAUCUAAAUUAGGUGAGUUUCACAUUCUCUGUAAAAAAUACAAAAUAGUUGAUCAAAUAGAUAGAUUCAUGACUUUUCAAAAAUUUAGGAGUGCUAUUGAUUAAAUUAAAUAGUAAUGUAAGGAAGAGGGAAUAGCUGAUUCUGAUUUCUUAACUCAUAUAAAAGCCUUAUAAGAAUUCGCUAUUAUAAUUGAAUAAUUAAAAUAGAAUACUGUUCGAUAGACGAAACAAUAACCAAAAAUGAAAAAAACUAUCGACAUUCUCGUAUAGGAUAUCUAAGAACUAUUUUAAAUUCCUGAAAUACAUCUUUAAUAAUAUAUCAUCCAGGCUCAUAUCAAAGAUGUCAUAAAUGAGGAUAAUAUAAGGCAAGAUGAUAAGAAUAAAUGGACUGACUUCUAAAAACUUGUCGAUACCAUAUUCUAAAAAGAUUCAAAGAGGGAAACCAAAAAAUAAUAGAAAUAAGUUAAGUCAGAUUAGAAAUUUAGUUAGGCCGAUUCUUAUUUAAAUGAAUAAUUUGUCAAUGCUUGUUUGGAUGGAAAUUCUGUCUCACAUUCUAUCAAUUCAAUAGAUUAUUGAUAAAUUAAUAAUAUUUAUAUUUAUAGCUCAUUAUAAUAAAUUUAUUUUC